AUGGUGGUCGACACCCAGGACGAGAUGGUCGUCCAACCGACUCUAAAUGAGAAGGACCAGGUUACAGAGAUCAAUCCAGAGCAGCUGGAUAACGAUGCUGAGAACCUCGAGACUCCUAUCCUGGCUACCGAUUAUGAGGCCAUGAAAGAGAUAGUACUACCGCCUCUCCUAGACGAACCUGAGAUUUUAGAGGAUGUCAUCAAUACAUGGACGGUACAAAAUUGGAGAGCGCUCUCUAAGAAAGAACACGGCCCCGUAUUUCAAGCAGGCGGACAUCCUUGGCGAAUUCUGCUUUUCCCUUUUGGAAACAAUGUCGACCAGUCCUCGGUAUAUCUUGAGCACGGCUUCCAAGAUGCCAACAGCAUACCCGAGGAUUGGAGCUGCUGUGUGCAGUUCGGGCUGGUCAUGUGGAAUAUCAACGACCCGUCCCUCUUUUACCACCAUACUGCCCACCACCGAUUUACGAAGGAGGAGAGUGAUUGGGGUUUCACACGGUUCCUCGAACUGAGGAAGAUGUUUCAGCAACCAUGGGAUAAUUCUGGCCACCCGCUAGUCGAGAACGACUCCGUCAAUAUCACCGCCUACGUCAGAGUGGUCAAAGACGAGACAGGCGUAUUGUGGCACAACUUCAAUAACUACGAUUCGAAGAAGGAAACCGGAUAUGUUGGUUUGAAGAACCAGGGUGCCACAUGCUACCUUAAUUCGCUACUGCAGUCGCUCUAUUUCACAAAUGCUUUUCGAAAGGCCGUGUACGAAAUCCCGACUGCAGAAGACGAAAGCAUAACUAAUAGUGCCUACACACUUCAGAGACUAUUUUACCAGCUUCAGAUUUCGAACCAGGCCGUGGGCACCAAUGAGCUAACAAAGUCUUUUGGUUGGGACACACGACAUAUUUUUGAGCAGCAAGACGUGCAAGAGUUGUCCCGCAAGCUAAUUGAACGCAUGGAGGAGAGGAUGAAGGGCACCGCGGCUGAAGACGCUCUUCCGCGGAUGCUCAGCGGGAAAGUAAAGACGUAUGUCUCUUGUAUUGAUGUUGAAUAUGAAUCCAGCCGAAUUGAAGACUUCUGGGAUAUCCAACUCAACGUUCGAGGGAUACCUAAUCUUGAGGAGAGUUUCAAAGACUAUAUCCAGCAAGAGACUCUUGAUGGCGACAACAAGUAUUGGGCAGGUGAUGAGUACAAGUACCAGGACGCUCGCAAGGGUGUGAUUUUCAAGAGCUUUCCGGAGGUAUUACAUCUACAUUUAAAGCGGUUCGAGUACGACAUCCAGCGCGAUACGAUGAUGAAGAUCAACGACCGUUUCGAAUUUCCCGAGGUUCUAGAUCUGACCCCUUACCUGGACCAAGAUGCGGACAAGUCUGAACCGUGGAUAUACAAACUGCAUGGUGUAUUGGUGCACAGCGGAGAUUUGAAUGCGGGCCAUUACUAUGCUUACCUCAAGCCCAACAAAGAUGGUUGGUUCUACAAGUUCGACGAUGACAAAGUCACAAAGGCAACCAUCCGAGAAACUUUGGAAGAGAAUUUUGGGGGCGAAUACCCAGCCUCACUUUUGCAGUCCCGUGCAGGUCUCCAGAAGAAGUCUCCGAUUAUGCGACAGAUGAGUGCAUACAUGUUGGUUUACAUCCGAGAAUCCCGCUUGGAUCAAGUCUUGACGCCAGUCAGGAAAGAGGAUUGCCCGCCGCAUCUGCAAAAACGUUUGGACGAAGAGGCGGCUGCGCGUGAGGCCAAGAGAAGAGAACGUGAGGAGCAACACCUUUACCUACCUGUUAAAGUCAUCACGGGAGAGACGUUCAAACACCACGGCUCCACUGACCUCACGAACUUCGAGUCUAAUCCUGCUGAAGAUCCAGCAGCCCCUAGGUUUUACCGUACCAAAAAGCAAACUACAAUUGAGGAGCUUGUCGGGCUCAUUGCCCAGGAUACCAAUCAAGAUCCCAAGAGAAUACGUUUGUGGAUCAUGGUAAAUCGCCAGAAUAAGACCACUAGGCCUGAUCAGCCGAUUAUGGACACGAGACCGACAAUUGAAGAAACCUAUCAGCGCAUGGCUACAACCACUCGAGAUUAUGCUCUGAGAGUGUGGGCAGAAGUUGCAGAUGAGGUUGACGCCGAAGGGCGUGCUAUUUGGCCCACCUACCAGAGCAAUGCUAACGGCGUCAUCGUAAAGAACGACCUGAUCCUUCUCUUCCUGAAACACUUCGAUUCUGAGAGGCAAACUCUCGAAGGAGUGGGCCAUAUCUAUGUGAGCAGAGAAAAAAAGGUAGAAGAUCUAGUGCCAAUAAUUGCCAAGAGGAUGGGGUGGGGUGACAAGUUACCUUCUGGCGAACAAUUAGCUAUGUGGGAGGAAAUUAAACCAGCAAUGAUUGAGAGUCUUAAGGCGAAACAAACCUUGAAAGCUGCUGAGCUCCAAGAUGGCGAUAUCAUAUGCUUCCAGAAGAUCACCGAGCGAAAGUCGGGUGAACUUCUCGGCAAGCUCCCUCGCCUUGGAGAAAAGAACUCGGAGGAAACACCCAAGCGAUGGGACCGAUAUGAUGACGCCAAGGGAUUCUACGAUUUCCUCUGCAACAAGCGAGAGGUUCGAUUCGACCCCCAUCCUCGCUGCGAGAAGACCGAUUACCAGAGUUUCAUUCUUACGUUAAGCACGAAGAUUACAUACGACCAACUUUCGGAGAGAGUAGGUGAGGAGCUGGGCGUAGAUCCUACUCAUAUCCGCUUCUUCACGGCCAAUGCCUCCACGGGAAGUCCUAAGUCGGCGGUUAGAAGGGCUGUUAGCCAAAACCUCGGCACCAUAUUGAAUCCGAAUAACUACACCCAACAAACCCUGCAGACCAAGUCCAACUCACUCUUCUUCGAAGUUCUAGAUAUGAGCCUUGCGGAGCUGGAUACGAAGAAGAAUGUCAAGGUGACUUGGCUGAGCGAAGGCAUGACAAAGGCCGAAACCUUUGAUGUCUUGGUUAAUAAGCAAGGGCACAUUGAAGACCUUGUUCAGGCGUUUGUGAAGAAGGCGCAAAUCCAGGACGAACGCGAAGGCGGCCGAAUUAGGGUUUACGAGAUCCAUCAUCAUAAAUUUCACCGGGAACUUGCGCCUAACUAUCCGGUCCUUAGUAUUAAUGAUUACACCGAUGUGAUAGCAGAGCGAAUUCCGGAAGAGGAAUUAGAAGCUGAUGAAAGGGAUUUCAUCAAAGUCAUUCAUUUCCAGAAUGAUGCUAAUCGGGUCCAUGGAAUCCCGUUCAAAUUCCUCCUCAAAGAGGGUGAACUCUUCUCGGAGACAAAGAAGCGACUGGAGGCCCGAACGGGCAUCAAGGGCAAAGCAUUUGAGAAGAUCAAAUUCGCAAUAGUGCGACGAUUCCAGAAGCCGACCUAUAUCAACGACGACGAUGUGCUUUUCGACGAGGGAGGCACGAUAGAAGACGACGUCGUGCUUGGAUUGGAUCAUCUGGAUCGGACAAGAACAACGCGGAAUGGAGGAGAAAUGUUCCUCAAGUAG